CCGAUUACUGUCGUAGUCAUUAUUAGUAAACGCAGCCUUUAGAACACGGCGAUGAUUAAAAAUAGGUCGUCGUCAGACACAAGGCGAGAAUAUUAGGAGUGCAUCAGAAGCCCGUUUCGAGGCUAUCCUUAAUUAACUUGGCUUCGUGAUAGAGCGAAGUUCUUCGAUAACUAUCCACAGACGAUCUAGUCUCGCCAAACACCCGGCCAGAGACGGUCGGAUAUUCGGUAGCUUCUUAAAGAAUUGCCACCAUGAGGGUCAUCAUCGGCCUCGUGGUUUGUCUGACCGUUGUGCUGUAUGUGGCUCCUGUCGGCGGAAGGCGAGUGAGAAAAAGGUGUAAGCCGUUGGAGUUUCCAGACACGACAAGGGAUUGCGACAAGGCGCCGAAUGCAGAAGGCUGGUACCCCGAUAAAACCGUCUGCACGUUUGAGUGCAGGGAGGGAUGUGUGAGGGACAAAGGAAAGAGCAGAAGAGUUUGCAAGGUCAGGGGCAGGUCAAAAUGGUGGAAGCCUGCAGGAACCGGACUGAAGUGUCUUUGCCGUACCUGUUACCGCCCCCCACCAGCGGUGACGAACACGACCGGCCCCUGUAAGUAUGGGGACUACGCGGCAGGGGUAACCUGCACCUACCAGUGCGCCGAUGGGUACGUCAAGGUCGGCGGAGACCACAGCAAGUUGUGUAACAAUGGGAAAUGGACCGGAGCUGACCUUAUAUGUGAAGCGGAGCCUGACGUCGACGGAAACUGGGCAACGUGGGGAUCCUGGGCAAGCUGUGACGUCACGUGUGGGGGCGGAGUCCAGACCAGAACCCGGACCUGUACCAACCCUGAACCGUCCGGGGGAGGGGCUGACUGUGUGGGCAACCCUUCCCAGACCAGGGAGUGUAAUGGCUGGCAAUGCCCUGACUGCUCGCGUGUAUGUGACGUGGGGACGCUGAACGCCGCCUGUGACGCCUGCACCUGCGACGGACACGUGCUCACCGGGCACGUCAUGGACACCAGGCGUGUUCCGCUCAGUGACGCUGACAUCUUCUACGCCGAGAGGCCAGACGAAAGCGUGGCCUCUACCGACGCGAUGGGGAACUUCGGGUUGACCGGCGCCUGCGCACAAGGAGUAGAGAUCAUCGUCAAAAGGAGGGGGUACUUUGACGCUCGUGCAAACUCCGAGCAAGUAGAUGCUACGACGUCAUCUGUACGAGUAAACAUGUCCGCCAUAGUACCGCCAGUCAUAGAUCAACAUCCACAGUCCAAGAAGCGAAUCGCGGGCCAAGACGUGACGUUCUGCUGCGCUGCACAUGGCAACCCGCCGAUCUCCUCAUACGAAUGGUUCAAGGACGGCCUCGUGUUGGAUGAGGCUGUCUACAACUACGACGAGACGCUCACCAUCACCGCCCUGACCGUGGGUGACUCCGGAAACUACCGAUGCCGAGCCAACAGCGAUGCAGGGGCCAAGUAUUCAGAUGAGGCAACCCUUAAUGUCGAGGCAGACAGUAUGACCUCCUGUGCCACGGAGCCUGAGCAGAACGUCAUCAGCCUGCCUGACGACUGCGUGCAGGAGGACACCAACAGCACCGGGUACGACAUCGGCGCCUGUGGCGGGGACGACUGUGUGGGUGACCUGGGGGAGGACGACAAGGCGUGCGUGGACACCAUGAGGUUCUGCUGCGUGACGACCAGCACGGAGACACGCACGGUACAGUGCUCUGGUUACAGCCUAAAUGUCACCGUCACAACGGAAUGUGGGUGUGGGAGCUGUGUAAAAACCUCCACCAAACGAAUCCAGGGGCGGGCGUACGGAGUGAACCGUACAGAUAAUGCCAGCACUGAAGUCCCGUUAAAGUAUGGUCCCGUCAUCAAGGAUGGACAGGUAGUCGAUAUCACAAGUGAGACAGGGAUAUUUGAGUUCACCAUAGAAACUACUGCGAGUAAGAUAGCUCUGACGUUUCGAGAUAAUUUCAAGAAGCUGGUGACUAGUACCAGAGUGCUUUCCUUGACCGAUAGUGAUACGUUGGACUUUGAUGUAGUUAUGAAGUUAAGGCCUCCACCUGUGACCUUGAUGUCAUCACAAAACAACGUCAUAGACUUGGGGACAGUGGAGGGGGAAGAGCCACUCGCAGAGUUAGACAUUCCCGCCAAUUCCUUAUUCACUGCGGAUGGGGAGAUGUUUUCCGGUGAGGUAAAGGCCUCCGUUUCGUUCAUUGACCCCAGAAACCCAGACGACUUUGAGCUUAUACAAGGAGAACUAACAGCUGUUGAUGUAGAAGGGAGGGAGGAAACAAUGGAAACGUUCGGCAUGUUUAACAUGGACUUUGAAACUGAGGAAGGGGACUCUUUAGAACUGGGAGGUAACGUUUCUGUUCACAUAGAUCCUGCUCAAACUAACAUUGACCUCACUGACGUCGAUGAAAAUGGUAUUUUGGGAACAAAGCUGUGGCUGUUGAGUCAAGACACUGGUCUUUGGGAGGAAGCGGGAAGUUUAAGAGUGGGAACAGCAACAAGGCGAAGGAAAAGGUCAACAUUUAUCAUAGGAGAGUUUCUGUACGUCGCAGACAGGCCAUGCAAUUUUGACCGAGUUGAACCCUAUCAUAGGCGUUGCUUUGCCCAAGUCCGUGCCUACGAUAGUCUGUCAAAUUUCUAUCGUAGCAAAUCCACAGGCAUACGUACGGGAGCAGUCAGGGACGCAGAUGUUGCUUUGGUGACAACUAGUAACAGGGGUGGAUUUUCAAGGUUGAACUCCCUGAGCGUGUAUCGACGAGGUAGAACAAAUUCGAAUGGCAGGAUUUGUUUAGAAACACUGUGUGAGCCUACGGGUAAUGAUUUCAGUGCCAGAAUUAACGUCGUGAAAUAUAACAUACACCUCCUGGCCGCGUUGUAUCCAGGGUUCGACGCAAAUCUCCAGAGUACUGUUGAGGUAAAACACGAUGGCAAAACUUUGAGUUUUGAUGUCUUUAGGCCAACGCAUACUAAUGGCCCUAUAUAUACCUAUUACGAUUGGCGUCACUGUUAUUAUCAUUCAACCGUAGCCGACAACCACUUUGCCUUCGUUGACGCCACUUAUCGACCAUACGUCUUCCCACCAUACUUCUUCAACCAAAACCAGUACAGUCAGCCCAUAACAGUGACAUCUUGGUAUCCCAAUGAAAAUGACUUCAAAAGUGUUUGCUUCAUCAAAGUGUUUGUAAAAUUUGAGUUCGAAUUUACAACUAUCGAGGUUCGUGUAACGAGUAAAGGUGGGGGAGUGUAUGAACCUAAUACGGGAAUAACGUACGGUAUCAGAGAGGAUAGGACGGCAAAAGAUCCUAGCGAUUCAACAUCAGGUUUUGCCUGCGUGGAAUUCAAAUGUCCCGGUCCAAUUCUCGAGAGUCGAUCGCCUACGCGACCACAAGAUACCAGUCCGCCGUUCCCUGGCGCGAACGACAGCACCAAAAUUACUAUCACUGCAAGAAACUCCAUUUGCACCUAUGAUACACGCUUUGGGUCUUUAACAACGGAGGGAAUAAACAAUAACCUAUUAAAAAAUGUAACCGACGCGGUCAGGGAUGGGAAUACGAUCGAAUUCACAGUUCCGAACGGCAACGACUUUGGGAGGGACUAUGGCAUCUAUACCGCAACAGGCAGCGGAGAUACUGGCUAUCGCCGUGCCUUAGACUACUGCCGAACCGGGUCUGAUUCGGGUCGAAUCGGUGGACUGCCAUUUGAUUAUGACCAGUACUAUGCCGUUAGGUUCAACUGCGGUAACAUCGUCUUCCCACCUACGCAGGGUACCUGGAUUCUGGAAGACGAAUUCGAGCCAAUUUAGUAAACAUUGUUCAGAAUCUUCAAUACAACAUACAUCCAUUCGUGUUCUACGGGGGUUCCUUUCUAUCAUAUCAUAAUGUCGACGAAUAAAUGUUUCUUAUAUCCAGUUCCACACAACAUUUGAUAAACAAGUUUUUCUACGCGUACUUAGCAGCAAAGGAUAUUUCCUCUGUUGCAGGUGACUGAUUAUCUAACAGUUAGGACCGGUGUGUAGUUGAUGAUGAAUUUAGUUGAGAAGAUUCUAUCCACAUGCACAUGAUCGAGAGCCUAUUUCUUCAAUGAGCAUUCAGCAACAACUUAAACCAAUUGGACAAAGUCACCAGUACUUAAGCUCACAUCCUUCCCCGCCAAUGUCUGAUGUGAGAUAAACGUAGGAAAGGCGUUGAUACUUUACAAUAAGUUUACUGAACCCUGCGACAGUUAGCAUAAUUAGUAGGUAGGUAGACUAAGCCAUUAAUUUACCGGUAAUGUUCAUUUCGCCUGUUGGCAUUCCUAGUUAUUCCUGUGUAAGGAUGGGGCAGGUAAACAGUUUAGGCUACAUCCAGAUUUACAGUGCACCACUGCUUCUUGGCGUAGAGACAAUUGCUUGUGCUUACCUAUUUAUUAAAUCCCAUUAAUAUAUGCAAAUGUAGGAUAUUUAUAGUAGCCUCGACAUGACGUAACUUUAUUGAUAAUUGCAGUUUAUUCACCAACUUCAAAAAUGUAGUGGAGCACGGUCAAGGAAAGCACUACUCGUAUAUCGUAGAUAGAGGUAGAUGCUAUUGUUGUUCUGCCAUAGUAAUUCCAUACCAGAUGUACCAUAACUUUAGUGUUAGCAAAUCUACUAUAUUGACAUGUAUCUUUUGUGGUGAUCCUUGGAGCAUCUAUAGUAAAGUUGAAUGCAUGAUCAGUAAAAGCUCUUUAUAGAAAAUGACAUACAGUGCAACAUUAUAUAAUGAUAUACAACAAUAACUCCUUCGAACACUAGUAGUAUCUCUUUUAGCGGGUCAAAUGUCAUAUAUGCUUAGUUGGUACACCAAAAAUGAAUUUAACACUUGUACAUGCAAUAUGAUGGCUUAAAGCGUCUAAGUGAAAAAUUUCAUCAUUUUAUGCAUAUGUUACAUGAAUGCUCAUAGAGUGCAAUGUUAUCUCCUAUAAUCAUCAUAAAGGUUUAUUAUCGGGUGUAUUGUAUAGUAGAGUGGACCCAUUCCUCAGGUAACCGCCACCUAUCACACAAGUCAUCCCUCAGUUACACAUCUGGAGCCGCAUA